GCGUUGUAGCCGAAUCGUUUCGGGUCAUGUAUUCCGAAAAAUAUUGGAUCAAAAAAGGAAACAGGUGGUUUUUUUGGCGCCGAGUGAUCAAGAAGGUUUCGGCCGAAGCGGCUGUGGAGGCCAAAUUGGAAGAAGAGAUGUCUGAGGUGUCUACAGAUCUCUCGACCACCUCACCAACAGGCACAGAUUCAAAGGGAUCGCAUGGCAUCAAACAGCACGUCACGUGCUACAGCGAUUACAACCCGGGGCUUGCUUUCCCUGUGACUAUCGUGAACCUGGAUGAAUACCGACACGUUGACCCGUAUCUGGAUUGAUGCAGAUGAGCACGCUUGAGCUUUGGUGGAGUCAUCUGACUGAUGCGUUAGUGGCUCACCAGGCUUUGGCCAACUCUCGCCAUGAUUUCACCCAGGAAAU